CUCGCUUACGACUCUCCCUUCUCUCUUUCUGCAACAAAAUUGAAUUUCGUUUUAAAUUUUAUUCCUUUUGUAAUUUUUUUUUCUUUUAAACUGUUACAAAAAAAAAAACUAUAAAUUCUCAGAGUUUUAAUUAGUUAUCCAUUUAGCAUCACUGGAGAUUUCUAGGGUUUUAUUUCAUGUACGGUGAAGCUUUAAUGUCUUGUAAAUGGAGAUUUCCUAUAACCCCUCCAUCGCUCUCCAAUCCCAUCAGUCGUUGAUCAUAGCCACAAUCGUUACCCUCCUUCCCCUACUCCUCGCCGUCCGAUCAUUAUUAUUCAGGAGGCCACACAAACCCAACGUCUCCCGUCCCGCCCCGUCAGCCGGGAAAGAAGAGACUAAACAAGCCACACCCUCGUGUUCCUGCAACGGUACUUCUGGUUCCGAGGCUUUCCUUAACGGCGAUAAGGCUGCUCCGGCGGAGGAGGAUAUGGUGACGGCGGAUGUUUCCAAGGUAGCGGCGGAGAGGCAGAGUGGGGCGUCAAUGAUGGAGCAGUUGGUGCCGGAGAUUACUACGCACGCGCUUAGUUACUUGGAUUAUCCGAGCCUGUGUCGACUUUCUAUGACUAAUUCACUGAUGAGAAAGGCAGCCAAUGAUGAUAAUGCUUGGAAAGCGCUUUAUCACAAGGAUUUUACGUUGGAGCAAGAUAGCAUAACACCGGUUAAUGGGUGGAAGGCAUACUAUGCAGCUACAAGAGCCAUAAUGAAUGUGAAUACAGAAUUCUUUAACAUCAUCAGAAAUAGGUCUCUUACUGCAAUGAGUUGUUUUUGGCUGAAUGCAGAUUAUGUAAAGUGUGUUCACGCAUCAGGAGAACAUUUUUCAGGGUAUAAUGCUGUAAUACAGAGUUGGCAGCUUGCAUUUAAUUGGGAGCAAGGGGUUGAUUUCCAGGUUAGAGAUGUUCGAGCCCGGGUACUGACAGACAUGGCUUGGGUCACUAUGAAAACCUUUGUUGACAUGGAUAGUGGACCAUUUAACAUGACCAACAUCUUUGAGUUCCAUCAUGGGCGGUGGUACCUUGUGCAUCAUCACAGCUCGGUGAUGCUGCUUGCUGAUGCAGACAUGGAACAUCAGAUUGUUCAUGGAUAACAUACGAUGGAGUGUUAAUACAAAGUGAUAAAUAUUAGUACCAGCUUCUAAACAUGGUACUGGUAACUUGUUAGCUAGCAAAAAGCAAGUUGCUUGAAAUUUCCCUGGGAAUUCAUUCAAUGAUACUUUUAUUUUUGGCUUUGCCAUCUCAGUUUUGGGUAUUUUCUGGUAAAUAGGCGCCCUUCACGUUUUAGUCCUUUUUAUUAUUUGUUUCCCUCCUAACAAUUUCAUAAUUAUGGCUGUAUGUAUGGUUAUGUAAUUUUUAAACAAUUCUUAACAUGGAUGUAAACAUGUGAAGUGAAGGUGGAUUCACAGA